UUUUCAAUGCAAGAUUUUUUUUUUUUUUUCUUGCAUAAAUUAUGUUCAUGACGUAGUGGCGAAAAGGGCACAUUUGUGGCGAUUCUCGCCGACUUCGCGCCUCACAUGGGUGCUGGCGAGCUUCCCGGCGGCUUUUUGCGGUUGUUGCCUUCGCGGCGAGGCCGGCGGAGCGAGGCCAGACCCCCCAAAACAAGCCCUCCUUCUUACCCAUGCAAAUGCUUUUGUGUGCGCAGCCACUGCGCCUGUCUGGGAGCUGAGAUGCAUUUUUAAUUAGGUGUGCCCGACACAAACUGUCACACUGGAGGUUCCUUUCCGCGGGGCUUCACCUGGGAGAGUGACUGGGGGAUUUUCUUCGGGAGCCAUGAAGUCCCAGGACCUUCCGGCCAGUGAUGCCCCGCCGCUUACCGUCAACGAGCAGCCAUUCACUGUCUGAGCGCUGACGUCUUUUGUCAGCCCAUUUCAAAUCCUGCCCUUUGACAUUCCCUGCCAGAGGCGACCAGGUCAUCGUGAUGUCUGGUCAGGAGACGAUACGCGUGCUGGAGGUGGGAGUCGACGCGUCUUCUUCGUUGGUACCGGAAGGGAAGAGGAUCGAGGGCCAAGCAGUGGAGGGAGGGGCUCAACCCGACGGCAACCACCCACCGGGCGACCAGGCUGGACCCACGCAGCAGGCGGCGCCCGCAGCGGCUCCGCCCCCUGCCCCGCCCCCUUCCGCCCAGACGGCCACUCCCAUCAGCAUAUCCCUGCCGCAGCAUCCAGCGGCCGCCGUCGCUGUGCAAAGUUGUCCGCAGGUUCUGUCCCAGGAGAGUUUGGCCUCUCUGAUGACGGCGGGCAUGUUGGCCCAAACCAGCUCCCUGAGCCAGCCCUUGCUCAUCCCCAUCAGCAUGGCGGGAUCCAUCGGCGGCCAGGGAGGCCUCGCCGUCCUCACCCUGCCGACGACCAGCGUGGCCAAUCUGUCCGGACUCGCCGCCGCCACCACGCAGCACGGAAGCCUCCUCAAGCUGCCUUUUGCUGGCCUUCAAGCUGCCACAGUUUUGAACUCAGUCCAGCCUCAGCUCCAGACCAGCACUCAGGCUCUGUUCCAGUCUCCGGCGCCUUCCAUACAGACCGCCUUGCAGCAGUCCCAGCCCGCCUCGCUCGCCAACCCCCACGGCGAAUGUGCGGCUCAAGCCACCCCGGCAACGGUCGCCGCCUCCCAGGCUAACCUAUCUGUGGCGGCGCUCCAGACGGCGGGGCUCUCCAUCAACCCUGCACUAAUCAACGCUGCCUCGCUCGGAGCGCAGACUCAGUUCCUCAGUUCGCUCACCUCCACUCCCAUCUUCACCAGCGCCAUGUCCAACAUGGCCGGCAUCACCAGCCAGAUCCUGACCACAGCCCAGGGACAGGUGAUCGGAACGUUCCCCCUGCUGGUGAACCCUGCCUCCCUGGCCGCGGGGGCCACGCCCUCUUUGCCCCUCCAUGGUCUGCAGGUUCAGACCGUCACCCCCCAGCUGUUCCUAAACACGCAGGGCCAGAUCAUCGCCGCGGUGGGGAACAGCCUCACCCCCUCGGCGGGGGUCCUGCCCAAAGCCGCCGCCCCGCCAGCGGCUACUAAACCCCAGCUAGAGGCGCCACUUUCGCAGCAGAUCUUUACAAAGAUCGUGCCCGAUUUGUCGGGUUUGAUGCCACCACAGGCCACGGCUGCCUGCCAGUCGCCCGUCAUCAUCGCCCCGCAGCCGUCCUCCGCGGCCCCGGUGACCUGUGCCGACAUGGCCAAAGCGGGCCAGCUGGUCAGCAAGCCCCACCAGGCCGCCAGCAGCGACGAGGGCAUCAAUCUGGAGGAAAUACGAGAGUUCGCCAAGAACUUCAAAAUCCGUCGACUGUCGCUGGGGCUGACGCAGACGCAAGUGGGACAGGCUCUGACCGCCACCGAGGGCCCCGCCUACAGCCAGUCGGCCAUUUGCAGGUUUGAAAAGCUGGACAUCACCCCAAAGAGCGCCCAGAAGCUGAAGCCAGUACUGGAGAAGUGGUUGGCCGAGGCAGAGCACUGGAACCUGAAAGGCCAACAGAACCUGAUGGAGUUCGUCGGCGGCGAGCCGUCCAAAAAGCGCAAGCGGCGCACCAGCUUCACGCCUCAGGCCAUAGAGGUGCUGAACUCCUACUUCGAGAAGAACUCCCUGCCGACGGGCCAGGAGAUAACAGAGAUCGCCAAGGAGCUCAACUACGACCGGGAGGUGGUGCGCGUUUGGUUCUGCAACCGGCGACAGACGCUGAAAAACACCAGCAAGAUUAACAUUUUCCAGGCGCAGUAGAAGGAAACUUUUUUUUGUAAAUACCAGGAAAAAACAAGGAAGUUAGUACUAAUACAGGAAUCAAUGCAAGAACUGAAGGCAUUUGCUGCCAGUACACUUUAAUACUGUGUACUUACUUCCUUACAGUGUCCCGAGUCCAUUACGGUUGUUGCGCACUUAACCCUGGAAAAAGUGUGGUGUCCCCCCUCAGCCCCCUUUGCGCUACCGAGCCAGGAUGGCGACCAUUGAGGGUGGUAAGUGCCCGUCACUGCUCUCUCACCAUCGCAACCGUUCUACAAGUACUCGGUCCGUCUGUACUUCUCACUUAUGCACAAAAAGGACUACAGCAGUGUCUGGAAAGGACUACUGCGGGAUCCAGUGUACUUGAUCCGUGAGUGUGCACAUUCUCUAAGUCGUAGUGCACUCAGCUUCCCUCUUUUUACGUUUGGAAAGGUUUGGUAGUCCCUUGUCGUCGACUAUGUAGCCCAGAUGGCGACUGUUACGGGUGGUGAGCUUUCAUCGCUGUUUUGAGCGCGCGGAUUUUGCCGUACCCAUCGGUGCGGACGCCCUUAUGCACUCCAAAAAAAACUACAGCCGUGUCUCAAAUGGAAUACUUCAGCCAGUACACUUCAACAAGAACACUGUGUACUUAAGUCCUGAGUGUGCAAAUAUUGGCACCGUAGUGCGUUCCCAGACCUAGUACCGCGUGAAGUUGGCUCCCCUUAUCUUUGCAAAUAUUCAAAUGA